CGAAUCAUCCUAUUAAUCUCAACGGUCUACAACUAGAGCGAGAAACUUCUUAGUGAACACCAUCGGCCAUUGCCUAUAUCUUGGAGGAAUCGGCAUCGCAUUGCAUCCAAGUCGUGACAUUACAGCCAUCGCAUUUCGCAUCUUUCACUACUGAUCAAAAGAAGAUCAUAUCGUUGAGAUGGGCAAGAGCUACCCGACUGUAAUCGAGGAGUACCAGAAAGCAGUGGAGAAAUGCAAGAGAAAGCUCAGAGGACUCAUCGCGGAAAAAAACUGUGCUCCUCUAAUUCUCCGUUUAGCGUGGCAUUCAGCAGGUACGUAUGAUGUGAACACCAAGACAGGGGGGCCGUUUGGAACAAUCAGGCAUCCAGAUGAGCUCCGUCACGAGGCGAAUAAUGGUCUUGAUAUUGCUGUGAGGCUUUUGGAGCCGAUCAAGGAGCAGUUCCCGAUCUUGUCUUAUGCGGACUUCUAUCAGUUGGCUGGAAUUGUUGCGGUUGAGAUCACUGGAGGGCCUGAGAUUCCUUUCCACCCCGGAAGACAGGACAAAUCUGAUCCACCACCAGAAGGCCGCUUGCCUGAUGCCACCAAAGGUUCUGACCAUCUGAGGGAUGUUUUUGGGCACAUGGGUCUCAGCGACAAAGACAUUGUUGCCUUAUCCGGUGGUCACACUCUGGGUAGGUGUCAUAAGGAGCGUUCUGGAUUUGAGGGAGCUUGGACCAUCAACCCUCUCAUCUUUGACAACUCUUACUUCAAGGAAUUGCUUAGUGGAGAAAAGGAAGGUCUCAUUCAGUUGCCAUCUGAUAAGGCCCUUCUAGAGGAUCCAGUCUUCCGUCCUCUAGUAGAAAAAUAUGCUGCUGAUGAGGAUACUUUCUUUGCUGAUUAUGCUGAUGCUCAUCUGAAGCUAUCUGAGCUCGGAUUUGCGGAUGCUGAUCAGUAAUUUGAUCAGAUCAAGAAGGACGCUCAUGUUUAUAGUAUAUUUGGUUAGUGAUAUGAAUAUGAGAGUUCCAUCUGUGUCAAGUGAUGACUAUAUAUAUUUACCUUGUAUUCCUGGGGUCAUUGUAAUAGAAACUCUACUGUGUUUGUUAUGCAGAUACUGGAAUCCAUUUUGGAACAAUGUAUAUAUCCAUUUUGGAAUAAAAAUCACUCUGUCUUUGUCUCA